CUUUCAAAAUACAGUGUGUGUGUGUUGGUGAUUUGUAUCAUAUUGAUUUUUCUUCGACUUUAGCUCGAGCUUGUGCGUAAAAUAAGCUUUUAAAGCUUCACGUUAUUCGCCAGCCGCAAACUUUGUUGUCGUUCACCAUAGGUCUUGCCGAGACUGCCGUUUUGGAUAUCAUGGCUGCUAAUUUGCAACAGCAGCGCACAAUCAAUGAACAACUGCGUCGUGAAGUGGGAAUACAACGCAUUCAAGUCUCCGAGGCUUGCAACGCAAUGAUGAAGUAUAUGAUUGAUAAUGAAUCGGAUGAUUGCCUGCUGAGUGGAUUCACCAGUCAAAAGGUGAAUCCAUUUCGUGAGAAGAACUCCUGCAGCAUUUUAUAAGCUCAAUUUUGAAUAGGUACACCGCAAGUUCCUAGCAGUAUUCAUCAUACAUAAAAUAUGUGUAGACAUAAUUAUUGUUUACGUUUCCUCGGCGAACUCAAAUAGACUAGAACAAAUAAUCUAUUAUUAUUGCAUACAUGUGUGUAUAACCUUUGAUGUUUCUUGUAAAUGUAUGCUGACCUCAAUUAUGUCUAUAAACUGAACAUAUACAAAUAUUUAAAAAUGUGUGAAAAAAAAAACAUAAACCGUCUUAACAUACAUAUGUAUACAUACCAUGUAUUUUGCUAAUCCUAUAGCUCUUUUUUGGAGAACGACAUUAACCUACUAGCAAUUUUCAAUGAAUGUAUGAUCCUAACUAUAUAAUGAUGUAUGUUUACUAUUGAGAUAUUAAUACACAAUAAAAUUAAAUAAAUGUAUCAUUAAA